AUGAGUGCCCGCCUCGCUUCCGAGUUGUGUGAGUUGGCGGCGCCGCGCCCCAGCUUCCGGCUCUCGGAGCCCCACGCGCUCGCUGCUCCCGCAGCUGCAGCCCACGCCCGCGCCCGGAGCCCCAGCUCACCGCUCCGGGGGAGCCCAGGCUCCCGAGCUCCUGGCCCGGCCCCAGUCCAGCGGAAAGCAGGGGUGUCCCCCGGCAGAGGCGCACGGUCGCACCCUCUCCCGCUACCUCCGUGGCCCUUCGGUCUCUCCAUGGCCUCGCAUCAGCAAUCCCGGAUCCAGGCUUACCUGGAGAAGAACAGGAUCGGUCCGCUGUUUGAGGAAUUAAUGACCAAGUUAAUAACUGAGACACCUGACCAGCCAAUCCCAUUUCUCAUUGACCAUCUUCAGUCAAAACAAGGAAACCGUGGGCAACUUCAAAGAACCUUAUCUGGAUCUGCAGCUCUCUGGGCAGAAAGUGAAAUAUCAGAACAUAAAGGAACAAGAAGAGAUUUCAGAAACUAUGAUAAACCCUGGCAGUUAAAUGCAAAGAAGCCUAAAAAGUCAAAAAGUGACCUUGCUGUGUCUAAUAUUUAUCCACCAUCUCCAGAAUCAAAAUCAUUGCCAAGGUCAGUAGAUCAUCCUAAGUGGAACUGGCGGACUAAACCAGAAAGCCGUGAUUUUGAUGAAUUGAACCACAUCCUUCAAGAGAGCAAGAAACUGGGAAAAGCUCUUGAGAAUCUCUCUCGAAGUAUUGCAAUUUCAGAUGAGCUCGAUAAGGAAACCAUGGCGUUUAGUUCUUCUCUUCUGAGACCUCGUGUGAUUGGAGAGUGGAUUGGUCGAGAAGAGAAUGAUGCUGACCCACUGGCUGCUGAAAUGCUACAGCCCCCAUUUCCCAGAAGUAAAAAUGAACAAUGGGAAAAUGAAGAUAGUAGCUCUAGCCCUGCAGGAAGCUUAAAGGUGGAGCUCAAGACUAAAGGACUAAAACAGCAGCAACAGCAACACAAGAAACUUCUGGCAGCCAUGCUUUCUCAAGAUUCUUUUGAGUCUGUCCAUAGUCCCACCCCAUCUGUAACAGAAGAAGAUAUUGAUAAUGAAGAUGAUGCAAUGGAAUUGCUGGAGGAUCUUGAUGAUUUAAGAAUGGAGGGAGUAACUACCCUGACACCUUCUGGGAGCAAAUUUAACCAAGGUCGAGCUACUUACUCUGCUGAACCUCAGGCCAAAGUCACAUUGAACAUCUGUUCAAGGUGUGCCAGGCUUCAAGGAGACAACCUGGCAGAAAGGACAGAAGAGACUUCGCAAAUACUUCAAUCUCCAGAUGAAAUAGUCCCAGAGUCUUUGGAUUCUUUACCUGGGACUGAAGAAGCACUAAUGGAAGAGGGUGAAGAAUUUGAGAGAGCAUCUAAAUUAACAGGACCUGGAGAAGCGGUCAGUGGAGGACAGUCGUUGAAAAACUACAUGGAAGAAGAUGACUCUUUGAAGCAACUGCAGGUGGUUCAUCAACCGUGGAUCUUGCCAAGUGACACAGAAAGCGAAGGAGUAGAAGCAGAACAAGAGAAACGUUCUGCUGAUCUUCUUCUUUGUGUUCCUUGCUCUUCUUGUCCAGCUCUGGUCUACUCCGGUAUGUUUGCUCAGGGCACUUAA